GGCGUGCUCCCCAACGUGCGCCGUUUCGGAAGCCACACGCCCACGGCCCCACCCUUCCGCUUUCCCCUUCCUCCAUCCUUCCUCCUCCCCGGCACGCCCCACUCCCCGCCACCAUUACCAACCAACCAACCAACCCGCGCACCCCCGAAGGAGAAGAGCUGGGGUCGGAGGCCCCAGGUCGGAGCUGAACGCGCCCCCAUCUCCCGUCGGCGAGAAGAGGUACUACCGCUCCGCGGAAUUCCCCCGCUGCCUCCUUCCCCAGCGGCCGCAUCCCUCGUCUCUCUCCUUUGUCUGUUUCAGCUUCAUGAGUUCUGGGAAAGCACUGGCAUCCAACAUCUCUUAUUCAACAGUGAACAGCAGCAUCAUCUUUCUCUGCCUUUUCGCGGGAUACUUGGGAAUUCCUGGUGGAAGCUUCGCUGGAGGAAGCUAAUUUAGUCUUCACUGUAGUAGAAGUUUGGCCUAAGAGUUUGUAGGCUUUCAAGCUUCAGAAAUGGUUUCUUCUCAGCCAUCCUCUCUGACUGCAAUUCUCGCACAGGGCCCCAACCACUGCCCAGUCAAUAUACUCCUCCCAACGGGGCCCCCAGAUGUCGUCUCCUCAGAUAAUGUUGAGUACGAUUUCUCUGAUGUUUUUGGUUCUACCCCGGUCCAAACACCAACAAACCUUUGUGGUUUUGGUCCGGAGAGUCCUGCACCUACUGUUGAGUCCAAUGAAGAAUUUUACAGUGAUCCUGUUGUCAUCAUCAACCGAUCCCAUUCUCUUGUCGGUCCAACAUCACUUGUCAGCCGCUCCUUGCGACUUAGCAAGCUUAGUCUAGGAAAAAACGAGGGAUCAUCGGAACUUGUCAAGUGCCUCUCAGAAGAAAAGGAAGGGGACCAAGGGCAGCUCAGUGAUGAAGAUCUGGGUAAUGCGAUGACAGAGGAUGAGGGCAUUGGGCUUGAUGACUUAGAAAUCUUGAAGCUUGUUGGCCAAGGGGCAUUCGGUAAAGUAUUUCAGGUGAGAAAGAAAAACACCUCAGAGAUAUAUGCAAUGAAAGUUAUGAGGAAGGACAGGAUACUAGAAAAAAACCAUUCUGAAUAUAUGAAGGCCGAGAGAGAGAUAUUGACAAAAGUCGACCACCCUUUCAUAGUGCAGCUGAGGUACUCAUUUCAGACGAAAUAUCGACUUUACCUUGUCCUGGACUUCAUAAACGGGGGGCAUCUUUUCUUUCAGCUCUACAAGCAAGGAUUAUUUAGGGAGGAGCUUGCAAGAAUCUAUACAGCUGAAAUUGUAUCUGCUGUAGCGCAUCUUCAUGCUAAUGGAAUUAUGCAUAGGGAUCUCAAGCCCGAAAACAUCCUUCUGGAUGCUGAUGGCCAUGCCAUGCUCACAGACUUUGGCCUUGCGAAGGAAUUCUGUGAAAAUACCAGAUCAAACUCGAUGUGUGGCACUCUCGAGUACAUGGCCCCGGAAAUUGUUCUUGGCCGGGGGCAUGAUAAGGCUGCUGACUGGUGGAGCGUGGGAAUCCUGCUGUUUGAAAUGCUUACAGGCAAGCCCCCAUUUGUUGGGAAUAGGGAGAAAGUUCAGCAGAAGAUUAUAAAAGACAAACUGAAGCUUCCUUCAUUUCUGUCUAGUGAAGCUCAUUCCCUCCUGAGAGGCCUGCUACACAAGGAACCCAACAAGCGGCUGGGCAGCUGCCCCGGAGGCAGCAACGAGAUAAAAAACCACAAGUGGUUCAAGCCAAUCAACUGGAGGAAGCUGGAGGCCCGGCAGAUCCAGCCGAGCUUUCGGCCGAACGUCGCCGGGCUUACCUGUAUCGCCAACUUCGACGAGUGCUGGACGAAGACGCCCGUGCUGGACUCUCCGGUAAGCACCCCCGCUGGUGGCGGGCACAGCAACUUCGCGGGGUUCACCUACGUCAGGCCCGCGCCGAUCCUUGAGGAGGUGAACGCAUCCGGCUCUAGGCUCAAGGACUAAGGAUGUUUAGCCCAUUGAAGAUGUGCUUAAAAUUUUGAUCGAGUGACAUGUAUGGAAACUUAGGGGGUGUUUGGGAACAAAGUUUUUCUGCAGUUUUGGAAGAAUACUGCAGUAUUCUCAAAUACUGCAGUAUUAUAUACAUAAUGGUGUUUGGCAAGCUGGGUAAAAUCUCUGUUUUCAAAACUGAAGUAUUGCAAAUACUAUAGUUGUUUUAAGGCAUUCUAAACUUAGCUCUGGACCUUAGUUUUCAAAACUGCGGUAUUAUAAACUACGGUAUUGUUAUAACUAAAGUAUAGUAUAGUAUUUCAAAAACUGUAGUUUUCAAAAACUUUGUUCCCAAACAGGGCCUUAUGUGCACAAGAGACGCUGAUUAAACAUGUAACGUACCAUUAGCCUUGGUACAGGAUAGGAACAGUAAGCUCUGGUUCUAUCUUGUACUCUUAAAAUAUGUUCAUAAGGUGGCAUAUGGUCAUGGUAAAUGUUAAGGCGAUGUUGGCACUGUU